UCGCCUCGGGCAUCGUGACAUAUAGCGCUGGGACAAACAAAAAUAUAUAUACAUGAUAUAUAUAUGUGUGUGUGCGUGUUAUUGAAGUAAUUACGGCAUAUCAGAUUGCCGCUAGGCAAUGUUGUUAGCCGUAUUACUUUAAGGCUGUAAUCGAGUGAUGUCAUUUAAAAUAUUCGAGGAGUACUAGAAAGCUGAAAUCUGGCACAAUUAAAUUUGCGAACAUUACGCACAAUCGGCAAAGAUCGGAGGUUCCAAUCAUUUUCGAUUGUUUUUGUGCGCCCUCAACCUGUGGAACUGAGAGACGUGUUAGUCAAGCCUGUUGAAAUAUUUUAUGAUCUUAUCGUAACAUGGCAUCGGGUUCCCGAGUGCAAUAACCACGGAGUUCUUGGGCUCCCGUAGUUUUUGGAGCAAACAUUUCGAUCUUGGUGUUGUUGUUUUUUGUCAUCUCAAACCGCAACCGCUGUCUGCAAGAUACUCCGAGGAGCUGACUGAGCCUGCAGGUGGAAUUGAACAUUGCGGGAGCUGAUGGCUGUGGCACUGAUACAAGGCGCGAGCCGUGGCCUUGGUCUGGCUUUCUGCCGCCAUCUCCUCGCACGGCCUGGCUUUGGCUCCCAGGGAGAAGAACCUCAAGUUGUGACUGUGAUCGCCACCUGCCGAGACCCUGAUGGUGCUCGUGAACUGCAGGCGCUUCAGCACCCAUCUAGCUCAUCUCACAGCCGUCUGCAGAUGCUCAGGCUGGACGUGACUCAAGAGGAUGAGAUCCGACGGGCGGCGGAGAUGGUUGCCCAGCAGCACGGCCACGUGGAUUUGCUCAUUAACGUGGCUGCCAUGCUUCACCCAAGCGGCAGGGGAGAAACGAGCCUGCGGGAUGUGACAGCUGAGGGGCUGACAGCGACUCUGGCUGUGAAUACAUUGGGACCCCUGCUCAUGGCCAAGCAUUUUGCUGGGCUCCUGCAAAAAGGGGGUGGGCACUUUGGGCAGCAGAUGGGCAAGGGCCACAAUGCUGUGCUUGUGAACAUUUCUGCCAGAGUGGGUUCCAUCGGAGACAACGCAUUGGGUGGCUGGUACAGCUACCGUUUGUCCAAGGCUGCUCUUAACAUGGCCACGCGUAACCUCGGCGUGGAACUCAGCCGCGGGAAAGGACGUGUGGUCUGCAUCAGCGUCCACCCGGGCACAGUUGACACGGACCUGUCUCGGGCUUACCACCGCAACGUCGCACCAAACAAUCUGUUCACGCCUGAGAAAGCUGUGCAGCACAUCAUGAAUACAGUGAACAAACUCGGUUUUGAGCAGACAGGCAAAUUCUACGCAUGGGAUGGCACUGAAAUCCCAUGGUGACAGAGGGGACGAAGAUAUUGUCAGUUAUUACAUUACAUUCUUUGUUAAAUAAAUGUGGCUAUGGUGCUGGUCUGUCAGCCUGCUUAAUUGCUUUUCAGCUAUUCUAAUGAGUAUAUAUUAGUUAUAAUAAAGGAUUCUCUCGACCUUUUGUAUCAGACCACCAUGAAUAAUGUUUAGUAUGUGUUGAGUACAAUUCCAUUUUUUAUUGAGCAAUCAAUUUGAAAUUUGACAUUAAGUAAUAAAGAACAGUUAUACAGGAUUUGGUAUAUUUCUGUAUCAUCAUGACACUGACAUGGUACUUUCGCAGCAUUUUAUGAAAAGAAAACCACAUUUCAAGUGUCCAUUGAUUAAAGAUGUGUGUUUACUAAUACAUACUGAUGUGACUCCCAAAUGCCAGUGUUUUUGCUGAAAUAUAAAAACUGCAUAUAUAAAAUGUUUUUUUUUACUUCGAAUGUGUAUGUUUUAUAGAUGUUUUGUCUUGAUUUUGACUCGACCCUCAUUCAUAUUACACAUCUGUCCAGUUGAAACAUUGACCAAAUAGACAAACAUUUAUUAUUCUAUUUGAUGUAGUGGAAAUAUUACCAUAUCUUUUUUGAGGCUUAGGAAAAUUGGCAAAAAUUUGAAGUGAUAAACUUACUCUGCUUAGAAAACUACCUCUUUAUUCAUGCUCUAGGUUAUCAUCAGUCAUAGAUAUUAUGAAUGAACAUGUUUUUUUGUAAGCACUUAGAUGAUUUUGGUAAGAAUACAUGAAUGUCAUUGGAUGGCUCUACAGUGAGGGAAAAAAGUAUUUGAUCCCCUGCUGAUUUUGUACGUUUGCCCACUGACA